UAGAUUUCACCAACUCGCCAGCCGGUUACAUCAAAUAUCGAGGGAAACGCGCCUUUAUAUUAGGUAUUAUCCUUCUGCUAUUUGCACUACGGAUAGCAAUUGCGGGUUGAGUGUUAAUAUGCUCACCUGCAGCAAGAUGCUAGUGAUCCGAUCGAAUGUGGCGCCCGCUACGGUCUUUCGCUCCUGGUGUCGCUACUAUUCAGAGCGUAAUCUCUUAAAACUGAAAGAUCGUGGCUUUAUACAGGACGUGUUCCCAGCAGAAACGGCGAACAAGGCCUCCACGAUGCUUGGUUCGUCAUCACAAACGGUUUAUGCUGGUUUCGAUCCAACGGCCAACAGCUUGCAUGUCGGCAAUUUGCUUGUACUGGUCGGUUUGCUGCAUGCGCAGCGGUCUGGUCAUCAACCCAUAGCGCUAGUUGGGGGAGCGACCGGUUUGAUCGGGGAUCCGUCCGGCCGCAAGACGGAGCGUAAACAGCUGGAAACCGAAACCGUACAUCGUAACGUCGAAAGCCUUAUGGAGCAAAUUACAACCAUCUUCGCUAACCAUGAGCGAUAUUUCUGGGAUACAAAAUUGGCUGCUCUGAAGCCAAUAGUUGUGGUUAACAACGCUGAUUGGUACCAGCAAUAUAGCUUCGUCGACUUCAUGGCCAAUGUGGGGCGCCACUUUCGCAUGGGAGCGAUGCUGUCCCGCUCGUCGGUUCAAACUAGGCUGCAGAGCGAGUCGGGCAUGAGUUUUACCGAGUUUUCCUACCAGCUGUUCCAAGCGUACGAUUGGCUGCACCUGUUGCGACACUACGGGUGUCGCUUUCAGCUCGGUGGAUCCGACCAGAUGGGCAAUAUUAUGUCGGGCCAGGAGCUGAUCAGCCGGAUUGAGCCGAAAGAAGCAGUGUUCGGCUUGACGCUGCCCCUGAUCACCAAUGAGGAGGGUGACAAAUUUGGUAAAUCGGCCGGCAAUGCCGUGUGGCUGUCCAGUGAGCGAACGUCCCCGUACGGGCUAUACCAAUUUUUCGUACGCACACCAGAUACGGAGGUAGAGCGGUUGCUUCGGUUGCUCACCUUCCUACCGCUCCCAACUAUCGAGCAAACGAUGGCCAGGCACCGGCGGACACCGGAACUUUGGGAAGCACAAACCCUGCUGGCAAAUGAGCUGACCCGGCUCGUCCACGGCGAGGAGGGUUUGCAGAAAGCCAAAGCCAUUAGCCAGGCGCUGUACAGCGGUGAUAUUUCAACCUUCGAACACAUGGACGUGGUGGAUAUCUCGCAGUGUUUCGAUGGAGCGCCCCUGUGCAAGGUGCUACCGGAACCGGGGAUGACAGUGCUGGACAUUGCGAUGCGAGCCAAAUGUUUCCCAACGGAAAAGGAUGCUAUUCGUAUCAUUAGUGCCGGAGGCUUUAGCAUCAACUUUAAGAAGGUUAAAAAUGUAGCAGAAGUGUUGGUACCGUCCGUUCAUAUGAUUUCAAACAAAGUUUCCCUUCUUCGGGUAGGCAAACGAAACUAUUACAUCGUUCAAUGGUUCAUGUAACGUUGGAUGCACUAGUAUGAAUUGAGUAAAAUCUGUUGAAUAGACAAAAAGAAGUCCCUGCCUUACUUCCAA